AUGAUAUUAUUGUUGCAGUGUGAGGAGCACCUUGGUGGUGUAAACAAAUUGGGCGAGCUCAGCGAAAAAUUACAAGAAUACAGUUCUGACAUCCAUGAAAAGCUGCUACCGUUACUUGCAUCCAGCGGACGAAUUUUUGCUGACUGUCCGGUCCAGACUGUUGAUUUGGUGCAAACAGCAGAAACUUCAACAACGAUGGAUCCCGGGACGUUCGUUGAUUCCGGAAGCGAAAAUCCAAUCCAUUAUUCCGUGCAGCUGGAGGACUUGACGGCGCAAUCGAUGGCAUUAGAUCCAGAAUCAUUCACAGGUUUCGAAAGAGGAAUUCUUGUUGAUGCUUCCGUCCAAGUGGAAAGGGGGGUAAAGACAAUGGAAGCUGCAACUACUACAGACAAAGAAGAAUUUAGAGCAUGUCAAUGUCGCAAAGUAAACCCUAAAAAUGAGGUUUGCAAUCUGGCAACUAAUGAUGAAGGAAGAUUGACGCGGUCAGAGUCGUCUUUAAAAGAUGCAAAUGAGGCUGAAGGAAAAGUUAGGAUAAAUUUGAACUGUCAGAGAAAAACUGAGAUUUCGAUGCUGCCCACUGAAUCUAUUCUACCUCCGGAGCGAAUGACGCAGUGUGGAAUGGAAGCUACUGGAAAUGGAUGGUUUUUGGACUCCAUGGAUUUUGCUUGCCAAGUUGGAUAUCAGCCUGCGUUGAUUGAUAAGUCCGUUUGUUUCCCGGAGUUUCCAAAGCAAUCUGAAUCAAGAGCAUGUGAGACUGUAGGAAUUGCUAUUUUAUUGGAUUGUGAAUGCCAGACUGAAAAUCAGUCGGUAAUGAUUGACAAGUCUUGUGGUUUUUCGGAAAAAUCGAAGCAAUUUGAAUCGCGAAAGUGUGGUACUGAAUGGCCUGAUAGUACUACGAAUUAUUGCCAGACUGAAUAUCAUAAUUUUGUGAUUGAUGAAUCUGUCAGCUUCCCAGAAACCUCCAGACAAUUCGGGUCCAAAGCAUGCGGAUCCGAAGAAUGUGCCGCUUUGACGGAAUCUGCUUCUCAGACUGAAAGUUUUUCUCUGAUGAAUGAUAAAUCUACGUGUUUUCCAGAAACAUUGAGACAUUUUGAGUCAAAAGCGUGUGAAACCGAAAGGUUUGCUUCCUUAGCGGAUUUCGCUUGCCAAGCUGAUAAUUACAGUAUGAUGAUAAGUGAAGCCGUUUGGUUUCCGGAAACUCCGAAGCAGUUUGAAUCAAGAGCAUGUGAAACUGAAGAGUCAGCUCUUUCAACAGAUUUCCUAUGUCAGGCUGAAAAACAGCCGGUGAUGCUUGACAGGUCUCAUGAUUUCCCAAAAACUAAACAGUUUGAAUCAUGCAAAUGUGAAAUCAAAAGUUCUGCUUCUAAUGCGGAUUUCGCUUGUCAAGCUGGAAACUCCCUUAUUAUGACGCGCGAUUCCGCUUUUUUUCCGGAAACUUCAAAACAAGUCGAAUGGAAAGCAACGGGGAGUGAUACCGAAACGACUAUUGCUGGUCUUUUUUUCAAAGUUGAAAAUCCGACGACAAGUGCCAAUUUUCUUUCGGAAUGCUCUGCUGAUUUACCGGCAGUUACUGUAAGAAGCGAAGAUUUGGUGUCUCAGAAUGGGCUUAACUCAGGGAUUAUGGGAACAUAUUAUAACUCGGAGGAUGUGGGAAAUUUCAGUAGGGCAAAGGAUGCUUACAAUGGGAAGGAAAAAAUUUGCGCAGAUACUUUAUGUCAAACGAAUAGUAGAAUGUCGAAAAGUGAAGUAAGAGAUCUGGGAAUUUCGUGGGAUGAGAACGGAUCAGUAAUACUACAGACCGGGAGGCAUGAGGAACACAGAAAUACUUCUGUACAGACUGGAGAUCUCCAGCCCUUGAUAUCAACUUCUGCGAACGACGAUUUCCCACAAAACAUAUUACCACCUCCCAGAAGCACCGGGACAUUCUGGGAAAAUGAUAAAAAAUGUUUGAAAUCCAUGGAUGUUUGUACGCAAAUGAAUGUUGCCGAUGAAACUGCAGAUAUGUCGAGCGUGCAGUACAUCACUGCAUACCUCCUUCAACUGCAACAAAUACUGCAAAUUGAGUUUGAUCGAGGUGCGCUGAAAAUAAACGACGAGCAGUUCGAACAAAAUAUUGCCAACUUUGUUGCUUACCUGAAUCGAAUUAUGCAAAAAAAUUCGGCAACAGAAUUGGAGAUCCCCCCACAAAAUCUCGCGCAAAACAUGCCCGAAGAGCCAAUAAUGCUGGGCACUCAAGCGAAAAUCACUAGCACCACCCAGGUAGCAAGUAAUGCAUCGGCACUCUUAGUACCACAGUAUCUCAGUUCAUUUCAAUAUGCUUCACCCAACUUGCAACGGUGGUUAGCAUCACAGGAACAGGAGCCGCCAACGUCCCAGCAAGAACAAGUCAUGGUG